AAUCUCUGCACCCGUUAGACCCUUUCAACAGAUAAAGAGAAAAGCGGUUGAAGAUAUUGCUACUAAAAACAGCAAGAGUAUGAAAAGAGAUCCUGAAACAGAGAAACUUCAGCAAACUCCCAGGUGCCGAUUUUUUCCGAAGUGCCGCAUGGGUCAAAAGUGCCACUUCCAGCAUCCAACCUGCAAGUAUAAUGCCGCAUGCAGAAAUCUGAAGUGCAUUUACCGACACAUUGGUCCCAGAAAAAUAGAGCUCUUCGAGAACAAGGAGAACGAGCAACCCAACAGUUUCCGAUUGCUGCUCGAGAAAUUAGAAAAACAAAAGCCUAAUCCAUACAAAUGGGUAAAACCUAAAGAUGUUGGUGCAAAAAAAGAUGUACCAUAG